AGAGGUCUUGUGGUGUGCGGUAAGUCAAAGCACAGAAGUCAUCACGUUAACGAACGCAUCGAAAUGUUGAAAAAUCGACGAUUUGAAGAUGAAGACUCCGGAUUCGGCAUACGGCACUUGCAAGUAUUUUUUCUCUUCUCCGCUCUGUCCAUGGGCUUUGCCAUGCGAGUUAAUCUCUCCGUUGCUGUUGUGGCAAUGGCAGAAUUUCCUGAAUACAAAUGGUCGGAGAAGAUUAAAUCCCUGGUGCUGAGCAGCUUCUUUUGGGGUUAUGUGAUUACCCAGAUACCUGCAGGUCCUUUGGCACGUCGCUUUGGCGGUAAGGUAACGAUCCUAACGGGAUCGUCCAUCUGUUCCGUGCUGACAAUUUUGACACCACUCUGUGCCAAGCUGGGUGGUUGGCAACUGCUCUGCACAGUGCGUUUGCUGGAAGGCUUGUGCCAAGGAUUUCUGUUUCCCUCGUGCCACACGGUGCUCUCGGCUUGGGUGCCACCUAAAGAGCGAGCAACCCUAGGCAACUUCACGUACGCGGGCAAUCAGUUUGGCAUAAUCGUUAUGCUGGCCACAAGUGGACUGCUCAUCUCUAUGGGCGGCUGGCCCAGCGUCUUCUAUGCCUCUGGUGCAGUUGGCUGCAUUUGGUCCAUCAUAUAUUACAUUUGGGGCGCCAGUUCGCCAGCGGACUCGAAGAGCAUUUCAGCGGAGGAACGAACGCUGAUUGAGCUGGGGCAAGCUGGCGAACGGAAUGACAGCUCGGAGCAGCCCAGUCAUCACCAAAUCACUCCCUGGAUGAGGUUUUUCAGAUCGCCUGCUGUCCUGGCGCUGAUUGUUGUGCAAUCGGCUUAUGCGUAUGGUUUCUGGACCUUGCUCACACAGAUUCCCAGCUACAUGAAGUAUAUCCUGGGCAAGGAUAUAAAGGCAAAUGCACUGCUAUCCGCGUUGCCUUCCGCCGCAAUGCUGACACUCUGCUUCAUCUUUGCCUGGCUAUCGAAAUUAAUGCAGAAGAAGGAUUCUAUUUCACUCUCAUUCAAUCGCAAGUUCUUCAACUCAAUAGGAACUUUUGGUCCCAUGUGUCUUCUGAUUGCGUUGGGCUAUGUGCCACAGGAUAAGGAUACACUGUCCGUGGUGCUGAUCACUCUUACCGUGGGCUUAAUCUCCGCCAGCCACGUGGGCUUUUUAAUAAACCACAUCGACUUAACGCCAAAUUAUGCCGGCAUCAUAAUGGGCAUCUGCAAUUGUGUCGCAAACUGCAUGAGUCUCGCCGCUCCCCUCCUAGUGGGCGUCAUUGUCACCGAUCAGCACAAUCCACAUCAGUGGCGUAUGGUAUUUUUCGUGGCUGCUGGAAUCUAUUUAGUGGGCAAUGGUGUUUUCCUUAUAUUCGGACGCACCAAUGUCCAGCCGUGGAACGAUCCAUCAGCCGAACAGCAAAAGCCUGGAGCUGAUACCACGGAACAGUUGGAGUCACAGACUCAAAAUAAGUGAAUGAAUCAGUUAGAUCGAUCAAAUA